AUGUCUGUGCCGAAGAUCGCCAGGUGUGUCAACAAAACCCUCCACCACACUCCACCUCGUCUUGCCUCCGACACCUUCAUGCCCAUCGACGAUCGCGCCGGGCGCUCGUCAGAGUCUUCCGAUCCGGAACGGCUGAAUACCCACGAUGAGGCUCCUUAUCUCGCUCCGGACGCGCCUCCGCCGGCCGAGAAGCCCACCUUCCUCCGCCAGACGGCACACUACGCCGGCCUGGUCCUCGCGGCAAUGAUCGGCACGCUUAUCAGGCUCGGUGUGGACGCACUUAUGGAAUGGGCGAUGCUGCGCUAUGCGCUGUCGAAACUGAAUGCACGGCCCGGAUUCGAGAACCGAUUCCCGAUCGGCACGUUCAUCGCCAACAUUGCCGCGACGCUCAUCAUCGGCGGGGUAUUUGCAGCGCAGCGCCGGCCCGGCGUAGGUGUCGUGAGGUGCGACGCGCUCUACGCGCUCCAGCAGGGGUUCUGCGGCUGCCUCUCGACCGUGUCGACAUUUGCCGUUGAAGCGCGGUCGAUCAAGGGCAAACGCUGGAAACUCCUGUACGUCCUCGGCAGCGUUAUCCUCGGCCACGUCUUGAUUCUGGGAGUCGUCGGAGGCGUGGGCUGGACGCAGGGCUAUGUGCCCGUCUGUUUUGGCUCGGACUAA